UCUGCACGUUCUGUCUAGCACGAGAGCAGAACAGACCAUCCCAUCCCAUCCCGAACGGCUCCAACAAAAGCAGAGCAGAGCAGCGCGAGACGAGUUGAGAGCAAAAACCCUAACCCCAAUCCAAGAACCAAAAGAAUCAGGAGGAGGAAGACGACGAGACGAUGGAUGCCUCCAAGGUCCGCGAGCUUCGGGAAUUCGUGGAGGCGUGCAACAAGGACCCUUCCCUCCUCGCCGACCCCAACCUCGCCUUCUUCCGGGACUACCUCCACAGCUUGGGUGCCAAGAUCCCCGCCGCCGCCUCCACCUUCGACAAACCAAAGAGAUCUCCCAUGGAUGACAUUGACGAUGACGAUGAUGAAGAUCUGGAUAUGAGGGAUGUCACUACCGAGCCAGAUGAGCUCGAUGAAGAGAUAGUGGAGUCUGAUCUUGAGCUUGAAGGAGACAUUGUACAAUCUGACCAUGAUGACCCACCGCACAAGAUGGGAGAUCCUUCAGUCGAGGUGAAUGAGGAAAAUCGUGAUGCCUCACAAGAAGCAAAAGGCAAGGCUAUGGAAGCAAUGUCAGAAGGUAAACUCGAAGAUGCUGUUGAACAUCUUACCAACGCAAUACUGCUGAAUCCGCUCUCGGCAAUCAUGUAUGGUACUAGAGCAUCUGUGUUUAUAAAAAUGAAGAAACCAGUUGCUGCCAUCCGUGAUGCAAAUGCUGCUCUUGAGAUUAACCCAGACUCUGCAAAAGGCUAUAAAACUCGUGGAAUGGCUUAUGCCAUGCUUGGCAAGUGGGAGGCAGCUGCUCGUGAUCUGCACACAGCAUCAAACAUGGAUUAUGAUGAGGAGAUCAAUGCUGUGCUCAAGAAGGUGGAACCUAAUGCACACAAGAUAAUGGAACAUCACAGGAAGUAUGAGCGGCUGAGAAAAGAGAGGGAAGAAAAGAGAGCUGAGCGUGAUCGGCUUCGUCGAAGGGCAGAGGCACAGGCUGCUUAUGAAAAGGCAAAGAGGAAGGAGCAAUCAUCAAGUCGCUCAUCAGGAGGUGCAUCUCCCAGGGGCUUCCCAGGAGGGAUGCCUGGUGGAGGUUUCCCUGGAGGGAUGCCUGGUGGCUUUCCUGGGGGUACCAUGCCCAGUGGCUUUCCUGGGGGUGCCAUGCCUGGGGGUUUCCCUGGGGGUGCCAUGCCCGGGGGUGUUCCUGGUAAUGUCGAUAUGAGUCAAAUCCUGAACGACCCUGACCUGAUGGCAGCAUUCAGUGACCCAGAGGUCAUGGCGGCUCUUCAAGAUGUGAUGAACAAUCCUGCCAGCUUCGCUAGGCACCAGGCCAAUCCUAAGGUGGGCCCUAUCAUAGAAAAGAUGAUGGGGAAGUUCAAUGGGUCCCAGUGAACGUUGUGAGCUUAUGUGGUGAGGUUGCUUAUUGAUGAUAAUAUGAGGUUUUGUGUGUAGCAAAAGCUUGUUGGACAGGACAGUAGGUGGUGUUUCUUUUUGUGCACCUGGAGGUGCGUUGAGCUAGUGACAUCAAUCAAACGGUAGGGAUGUAUGCAGAAAGAUGUUUUUAAUUCGUGGGGAUACUCGCUUCUGUUAUUACCUGCUACAGGAGUACCAGACAUGCGACGGUGAUUCGCAGAUAGUAUGACUCUUAAGGACAGUUAUGUUUCAUUCUUCUACCUGUCUGUUGAAAUGUGCUGAAUUAUGGCUUGUUUUAUGUACUGGUGGUAAAGAAGGCGGCUGAUGAAGGAAGCAGAUUAUUGUUGUUUUGUUUGUGUA